UAUAUCCGACCUCUCAUUCCACAGCUCUUUCGCGCUCUCUCCUCUCAUUAAACUCACUCACUCUCACUCACGCUGUCUCUGUCCGGGAAGGUCGCUUUCAGCAAAACCGCCUGUUGUGUCUGUGGGAUUCAUUCCAGUGGUGAGCUACAAACAGACACGCUUUCCUGGCUCUGCUGUUUUCUGUCUAUCCCGGACGUCUGCAGUAAAUUCGUGUGUUUGCGAGCCUGCUAUGUAUUCUAUUAUAACGGAAUACACUCGAAUCUUCUCCCUGUGAAGAAAGAGGCGACGGACCGCCUGAACUCAACUAGCAGCUGAAGUCUCAUCUCCGUGGGGGUCUUGUUUUGUGUUUUACGGAGGACCCUGGUUCUGAGAACUCCCACAAAAUGGAGAAGUUAGAAAAUGGAAUCAAGCCAGUGAAAGAGUGUGAAUCUCCCGACGACGAAGUGGUUGACCCUCGGAUCCAGGGGGAGUUGGACAGGUUGAACCAGUCUACAGAGGACAUCAACCGCUGGGAGACAGAGCUGGAGGACUGUCGUCAGAGGUUCCGCGCGGUGCUGGUGGAAGCCACAGUGAAGCUGGAUGAGCAGGUGAAGAGGAUCGGCAGAGCUGUAGAAGACUCCAAACCUUACUGGGAGGCCAGGAGAGAAGCUAGACAGGCCCAGCUGGAGGCCCAGAGGACGACGGGAGAGUUCCAGAGGGCGGUGGAGAUCCUGGGGGCGGCUAAAGAGACCAUCGCCCUGGCAGAGGAGAGACUACUGGAGCAGGACAGCAGACAGUUUGACUCUGCCUGGCAGGAGAUGCUCAACCACGCCACCAACAGGGUGAUGGAGGCGGAGACGACGAGGACUCGUAGCGAAAUAGAGCACAGAAAGACGGCGAACCACUACAAUGCCUGCAUCAGUUAUAUGAGACAGCUGGAGAAGAAACUCAAACGCACCAUCAACAAGUCCAGGCCAUAUUUUGAACUGAAGGCGAAAUACUACCUAAAACUGGAGCAACUAAAACGUUGCGUAGACGAGCAUCAGGCGAAACUGACCGUUGCCAAGGCAGACUACCGCACAGCGCUGCGUAACCUAGAGACCAUCUCCGAGGAGAUCCACGCCCGGCGAUGCUCCAUCACCAUGGGAACCAGAGGGAGGGGCGUGGGGGCCGAGGGGGAGGCAAGCCAUGAGGACAUCACCAAUUUCAAGAUGGAGUCAGACGGACUGUCCAUGGUGUCUGUGACGUUUGAUGAAGAAGGAGGAUCAGAGGAAGAGACAGAAUCACACUCCACUUCCGCUCCCCUCGACAUGACCUCCUCCUCCCAUCAUCCCUCCUCCUCCUUCACCCCCUCUGCCUACCUCUCCUCUGCCCCCUCUCUCCUCUCCUCGUCCUGUCCCAGUACCAUGGAGGGACCCAGUCCUGGCGGCUGGCUAAGCCCAGAGUCGAGGUGUGGUUCAGGGCAUGACUGUCCUCACCUCAGCCCCCGUUCCCAGUGCAGUGGGGCCUCCUCCCCAGACCCAGACUGCGACCAAGAGAGAGGGGACAGAGCAGAGGGAGCAGAGCAGAAGUUGGAGCCGGGUCUGAGUAAGCUGACCCUGACCAUAACACACCCACUGCAUCCUGGGAAGGAUGACCCCAAAGGUGACCCUAAGACGACCUCCCCAUCAGCCCACAACCCAUAGCCCCGUUCCAACAGCGAAUAACGCACAGAAGACUUCACCUCUCACAUCGUACCAUUGACUCAUGACCUUUAAACCUGAACUCUGAACUAUGAGGCUUUCUAUGGACGUGUUUAUGUUCACUCCAGAGGCAAAUCUGAAGUCAGCCACUAUUACAUACAUAGGAAAUAAGGAAUAGUGGAAAUCAGUGGUGGCUGGUGGGAGUAGCUAUAGGAGGACGGGCUCAUUGUAUUGGCUGGAAUGGAAUGAAUGGAACAGAGUCAAACAUGUGGUUUCCAUAUGUUUGAUAGCGUUCCAUUUCAUUCCAGCCAUUACAAUGAGCCCGUCCUCCUAUAGCUACUCCCACCAGCCACCACUGGUGGAAAUAGGGUGCCAUUUUGGAUCUUGUCCAGAACAGAUCGGGAGGAAUCUGGAAGGGGAAGUCAACAUGAUGGAUACCUGGGGAUUGUGGGGGAGCAUAGCCAGCCCAGUCGAUGGUCAACUCCUUAAAAGAUUCGAAGGAAGGGUGUGAAAGAGACAUCGCUAUGGCUGCAUCCUGAAUCUCCACACUUGUCACAAAGGGUGCACUUGCACACAUCCUGUCAUGGACUUAAAAACAAUGGAUUGUGUAAACUGUAGGGAGUUUCCACUAUUGUUAAUUGUUAGAAUAACCCUGGGGAGAGAUGUUGACUGUUGACUUGUGGUCUCAGUGGGGAUGUGAGGCAGAGGUUGAUGUGGUCUCAGUGGGGACAACAGAAGGACACUGUGACUUUCACACCACUAAACCCUGGACUUAUGAGCAACCCCUGAUCCCACAGCAUGUGUGGUUCCUCAAUUAAAAGUUUCAAGUUUAUGCCGGAACUGUUUGUGGUAGAUGGUGGCAGAUUGUGGUAAAUUGCAUCAUUCUGUCAUUGCACCACACUAUCACAAGGGGGAGUUAGAGCUCUGAUUUUGGUUUCUCUCUCUCUAAAAACAGAUAUAAAUCAUUCUAAAUAACAAACGGGCUUUAUUUAUCCCAGUGUGAAAGACUGAUAGCCCCUCUAUAUAGAGUUUCUGAAUCACGGAGUCCUUCUUUGCUGAUGUGAAGAAGAAACUGAAUGAAAGAGAGUCCAGUGAGGAUAAUGAGGGAAAAAGGUUUCCCAAGUCCUGAGUUAUUUUUAUUAACCCUUAAUGUUACCAGGUAAGUUGACUGAGAACACAUUCUCAUUUACAGCAAAGACCUGGGGAAUAGUUACAGGGGAGAGGAGGGAGGGAUCAAGGAGUCAAUUUUAAGGAAUGUUCUCUUGAUAAGUGUGUGAAUUGGACCAUUUUCUUGUCAAAAUGUAAUGAGUACUUUUGGGUGUCAGGUAGUAAAAAGUACAUUAUUUUCUUUAGGAAUGUGGUGAAGUAAAAGUAAAAGUUGGCAAAAAUAUAAAUAUUAAAAGUACAGAUACCCAAUAAAACGACUUAGAACUUUAAA